UGUCCCAAAGAAAUUUUAUUUUCAACUAAAAUACAAAAAGUCAAACAUUUUGUUACCAUUUAUUUAUGCAUAGAAAAUGAAAUAGAAUGACUAAAUAUAUUCAGUUCAGAUGUUUGGUUUAGCGUAACAUUUAAUGUAUGGAUUAAAACUAUUACGUUUUUUAAGUAGUUGAAAUUGAAUGAAAUUAUUAUCAAGAUAUAUUCAAAAUAAUUUUAGUAAGAAUUUCCAGUAUUGUUUAGGGGAAUUUGGAUAGUAAUUAUUAAUCCAAUUUUAGUAAGCAAAAAUUGAUUAUUUACAUAAAGUAUGCUUCAAUUUAAGUACUUUUAGUAUUGAUAUUCUCAUGACUUAAAAGUGUAAAAUUAACAUGUUUGUGAAUUACAAUAUUUCAAUUCUAGACUUGAAAAUAUGAUUUACAAUUACAGCUUGAGCUACAAAAAUAGUUUAGAGAAAUUUAUUUCGCAAACAAUUUUUUUUAUUAUUAUUAUUAUUUGAUUUCAUGGAGAGUUCAUAAGAAUGGAGAGGAGGAGUUUCUACGUUCUAGGAGGGGAUUUGCAAAUUCUUAGUAAAGGAGGAGGAAAGUAGUUUUUUUUUUUUUUCAAUGUAAGAAAAGGUUGUUGUGAUUAGGUGAGGAAUAUAAUAUAAUAUUAAAAUUUAGAAAAAUCCUUGGAUUGUUUCAUGUGCUAUAAUACGCGGGGAAAUACAUGGGACAAGUCUUCAUAUUUUCCACAUAUGAAAGCAUAGUUCUUCUUCUUCUUAUUUCAAAUUACAAUAUUGUACAUGAAAUAUCUUAAAAGAUUUGGAUGGAAGUAUCCAUGAAUUUGUAUGGAACUAUCAAACUCAGUUCCCAGUGUCUUGUAAAUUUCUCCAUCCCUCUUUCUCUUGCCGGGCCAGGGAUUGUAGAAGAAGCCUCUGAGAAAUUUCAGAGCCUUGGUCUGUAUAAAAUUUAAUAUAUUUCUUUAAAGUGAAGCUACUAUCAUGAUCUCUUUGUACCUUGAAAAAAGCUAAUUUGAAAAGCCACAAUGGGUUCUGAACUGGAUCAGUACGAAAACGGUGCAGCCAUGGUGGACCUUCCAACUGGCCCUAAUUAUUCGGCUUCAGGAAGAAAACUUUUCGUUGGAGGGGUUUCUUGGAGCACAAGUAAAGGCCAGUUUGAAAAGUACUUUUCCCAGUUUGGAGAGAUAACAGACUCUGUUAUAAUACUUAACAAACACUCUGGGAACCCAAGGGGUUUUGGGUUUGUUACAUUUGCUAAUCCAACUGAUGCCGAUAAAGUUAUUGAACAAGACCAUGUCAUAGAUGGUAAGAAGGUAGAUGUCAAAAGGACAGUUCCUAAGGACUCAAUGAAGGCGCCAUCUGACAAGAAAAUGAUUUUUGUUGGUGGAUUAUCGGUGUGUUUGAGCAAUGAUCAAUUGGAGGAGUAUUUUAAAAAGUACGAUGACAUUGUUCGCACUCAGAUCAUACGAUGUCCUAAGAGUGGGCGAUCUAGAGGUUUUGGGUUUGUUACAUUUAGCAGUGAAGAUGCUGUUGAAAAAAUCUUAAAGGAGGAUACAGUACAUGUACUUGGAGGAAAAAAGGUGGAACUAAAAAAAUUUAAUCCUGAAAGUGCUGGCAACAAUUACAGCAACAAUGCUGCUACUACAAAGUCUAAUGGGGCAUCUGCAGCUGGAGCUGGACAUGAGGGAUCCCAUUAUGGAGAUCAAUACAACGGUAAAAUGGAACAAGUCUAUUGGGAUCAUGAAGCUUAUUGUAAGUUUGGGGCAAGUUACUAUGGAAAUUAUCCUGGUUUCUACGGUUUUUAUGGUGCAUACCUAUAUGGGCCGCCAGCAUAUAUUCCAUAUACGCCUAUGCAUGUCUAUGUUAAUGGUGCUGAUCAUUGUGCCAUGCACAGUGGUUAUGGUUGUUGCACUUCUGGUUAUGGCUGCAGUAAUAUGUCUGGUAAUCAUCUUGGAAAUUCUUCUAAUCCUAAUGGUGAAUUUGGCGGGUCUAGUGGUUCUAAUGCUGGGAAUUAUCGCCCUAUUCGCAAGUAAACAAAGCUGAUUCAGCUGCUGGGGAAUAUGAUUUAUGUACAAAGCUUCCAAAAAAAGUAGGAACAAAUUCCCAACUAAAUAGGAGGGAAAUUAAACUAAAGAUUAUUUUUUUAUUGUUUUUGACAUUGAAGAAUUCGACAAAUUUAUUUGCUAUAAGUUUUAAGGUUA